AUGGCUGUGGAAGUAAUCAAGAGGUUACUGUCCCUCAAAGCAUUUUCAUCAUAUCCUGUUCUUGGCACAUCAUCAGUGAUUGUUAAUGCAGAAUCAGUGACCUUCAAGGAUAUAGCUGUAGACUUCACCCAGGAAGAGUGGGCCCUGCUGGACACGUCCCAGAGGAAGCUGUACAGAGAUGUGAUGCUGGAGAACCUCAGUCAUCUGGUCUCCGUAGGGUAUGAAGUCUGCAAAUCAGAUGUGAUUUCUCAGUUGGAGCAAGGAAAGGAGCUGUGGAGGGAAGGAAGAGGAUUUCCCCAAGGCCUGAGUCCAGACAGGAAAAGUGGCCCUCUAAAACAACAAAUAAUAUCUGUUCCAGAUACCUGCAUGAAGGACCCGACUACCUGCAUAGAUCCACAGUGA